AUGGACGUCGAUAGUGACAUGUAUGGAAGAGACAAGAACGGCUUCGUUGAAAGCUCCUAUCAAGUGAACGAUGAUAUAUCAAUUCCUGUCUAUGCCGAUGUACAACUUUAUCCAUGUUCAAACUGCGGUCGUAACUUUAAUGCCGAAUCUUUGCGUAAACAUCAACCGAUUUGCAGAAAAACUGUCCAAAAACAACCGCGAAAAGUUUUUGAUACGGGUAAACAACGUGCUACAGAUUCUGAUGUGCCUUAUGCAGCAACCAAAGAAACUACACAGUUUUAUUAUGAAGGUACAAAGCCUAAACAGGAUAUUCAGAAGAAAAGACCAAUUAAUUGGCGAGAAGGCCAUAAUGCAUUAGUACGUACAAUUCGUGAAGCUCGACAAAUAACACGAGCCAUGGAAACCGGUGCCCCAUUACCAAAACAAACACCACCCCAAAUUCCAAGUGAUUAUGUUCAAUGUGAAUUUUGUCAACGUCAUUUUAAUAAACAUUCAGCUGAACGACACAUUCCUUUUUGUGAAACUCAGUAUAAACGAAAACAGAUGCAAUAUGCAGCAGCAAAUAAUGCACGUACUGCUGGUGGAAGUAUAGGUCGACAAGGACGAGCACAUCAACAGCAGUAUAAUCUUGAUUCACCUACAGGAAGUGCUAAUAAACAACAUCAAAUCAAUUCAGCACCUUCUACCAUUAUAUCACGACGUCCUCAAAAAACCAAUGAUGAAAAAGAUUAUCGAAGACCACCAUUGAAUCCAAAUACAUUUAAGAAAACUAAUUUUGGCGAGACAGCAACAAAUAAUAGAAAUGGUACACCGCCUAAAUAUGGUAGUAAUCGAACAACAAAAACACGUAGUGCAACAGGUGCUUAUCUACCUGGCAUGAUGCGUACAGGUCGAAAUAUUGAAAAUGAUGAUUUAAAUAUUUUGGCAGGAACGGGACGAGGACAACAAAAAAGUGAUGCUUCACCACAAUUACAAAGACGUACAUCAGGACUUAGAACACGAUCGCCAAGUCCAGCACGUCGACCAUCACAAGCUAAUGAGUUUUUACAACAACAACAACAUCAGCAGCAACAACAACAAAAUUCACGAGCACCCACAGCAGCGAAACAUUGCCAUGAAUGUGGUAAAGCUUUUCCUGUUGAAUGGGCAAAAUUUUGUUGUGAGUGUGGUGAGAAACGUUUGGGCCUUUGA